AGCUGCAGUAGCAGGCUUGUGGUAGGUAGUGUGCUAGUAGUGCAAGGCUACAGAAAGUAGGAAAAUGACCGACAGUGACCUCAACGAAAUGAUGUGAUAGUUCUUGUGUCUAGCCGUCGUAUUUGGUGCCAAGAUUUGCCACAGAAUUAACAAAUUAACGUGGCCUUCGUUCAUAGUCUGUGUCGAACGUUUAGCAAGAGCUCGCCAUUUAUACGGGAAGCUUUUCCCUCCGGCGAAGGCUGAUCACUGGUUUGCAGUCAGUCAACUAGCAACGUGCAAGCAAUCUAGGUUAGCCAGUCAGUCAGAUAGCUAUAGCUAUGGAUAAAGCGAAAUCAAAAAUGGAGCAGAAGGGUUCUGGUGCAUGCUAUUCGAAUGGAUUGAAGACAUUAAGGUCUCACUUUAGUGACAGCGGCUGCAACCCCCACAGCCCAAACGGCGGUUGCAGUACCAAUGGAACUGACAGCUUCCACCAUCUUUAUUAUGAUCCAGAAACUAAUGGUUCGCCUGCGAAGAGAUGUCGACUCAGGAGACGAACGGAGUCGAUUAAAAAGAACAGACCACCGUUCCCGUGGUUCGGCAUGGACAUCGGGGGCACGCUGGUGAAGCUGGUGUACUUCGAGCCCAAGGACAUCACGGCGGAGGAGGAGCAGGAGGAGGUGGAGAACCUGAAGAGCAUCCGGCGCUACCUGACCUCCAACACGGCCUACGGCAAGACGGGCGUGCGCGACGUGCACCUGGAGCUGCGGGGGCUGACGCUGUGCGGCCGCACCGGCACGCUGCACUUCAUCCGCUUCCCCACGCUGGCCAUGCACCGCUUCAUCCAGAUGGGCAGGGACAAGAACUUCUCCAGCCUCCACACCACGCUCUGCGCCACCGGCGGAGGGGCCUACAAGUUCGAGAACGACUUCAUGACGAUGGCUGAUCUGGAGUUGCUGAAGCUGGAUGAGUUGGACUGCCUGAUCCACGGGCUGCUGUACGUGGACUCGGUGGGCUUCAACGGCCACCCGGAGUGCUACUACUUCGAGAACCCCUCGGACACGCAGAACUGCGUCAAGCGGCCCUGCAGCCUGGACAACCCCUUCCCCAUGCUGCUGGUCAACAUUGGCUCGGGGGUCAGCAUCCUGGCCGUCUACUCCAAGGACAACUACAAGAGGGUCACUGGAACCAGUCUGGGUGGUGGGACGUUCCUGGGUCUGUGCUGCCUGCUGACGGGGUGCGAGUCGUUUGAGGAGGCUUUGGAGAUGGCCAGCAAGGGCGACAGCAAGAACGUGGACAAGCUGGUUAAAGACAUCUACGGAGGAGACUACGAACGCUUCGGCCUGCAGGGCUCCGCCGUGGCCUCUAGCUUUGGCCACAUGAUGAGUAAGGAGAAGAGGGAGAGCAUCUCCAAGGAGGACCUGGCCCGGGCAACGCUGGUCACCAUCACCAACAACAUUGGCUCCAUCGCACGCAUGUGCGCCGUCAACGAGAAAAUUGAGCGUGUGGUGUUUGUGGGCAACUUCCUGCGGAUAAACACGGUGUCCACCAAGCUGUUGGCCUACGCCAUGGACUUCUGGUCGAAGGGGCAGCUCAGGGCUCUGUUCUUGGAGCACGAGGGGUAUUUCGGAGCGGUGGGGGCACUCCUGGAGCUGUUGAAGUCCUCCGAGGAAGUUUAAGGAGAAGGAGGAGAAGGAGAAGGCAAUGGCAACGGCGGGAACUGCUGACCAGGCAAAAAGCUGCUGAAUGGUUUUCCAUACGGAAUACUUGCACACAGGAAAAAAUGGGAAUUCUGGGAUGGGGGGGAUAGAGACUGGGAGUACUCUGAGAAGCCAUGUAAUUAUUAAUUCAAGUGUAAAUAUUUUAAACACUAUUUCCCCCUUGCCCUCCCCUUCCAUUGCUCCCUACUCCCACUUUUUCAAAGACACUUUUUAAAAUAACUAACUUUUAAAGCCUUGCUCUCUAUGUGAGGCACCUGAGAUUUUGGGUUUGCUUCCCCUCUUCUUAUGUGUGUUGUUUAUUUGGUACCUGUUUGUAAAUAUUGAUUUUGUGAUUUUUUUUUUUGGAGUAUUCCAGAAAUGCCAAACCCUGCUGAGAUGUUGAAGUGUUGGAACCCUAGUCAGCACACACACACACACACACACACACACACACACACACACACACACACACACACACACACACACACACACACACACACACACACACACACACACACACACACACACACACACACACACACACACACACACAUACACACACACACUGCACUGAAUGCCAGUAACAAAGGCCUUCCAUCUCAAGGUACAAUGUUUCACCCCCACUGGAGGCUUUUUUCUUUUUACCACAGUGCGGCGUCUCAUACACAAGCAUACAGGCUGACAAAGCUGCCAGUAUAGUUUUGAUAUUUUUGUUUGUUUGCGUUUCUGUUAUUUGGUUUCCAUGUUUCGUCUUCCCGUCUUCUGUUAAGUUUUUAAGAUGCGAGACCAGCAAUGUCCGCACUCUGCUGAAAAGAAGUGAUCUCACUGUGGCAGGAAGGGUCAGUUAGGAUGUAGCCGCUUUUCAUCUGAAUACAAAUGUACAUGUGUACACUGACAUGUACAUGGCCAUGUUCAUGCAUGGCAUUUGAGUUUCGUGCUGGUUAGACUUAUGUCAGGGAGUUGAUGAAUGGUAAAAUCAGCAGGUCUCCCGCUAGGCUAGGAUUUUGCUAGUUUCACAGAGAGACUUACUGUGAAUGAGAGACCAGUUCUUCUACUAUGCCUCUGGAAAUGGUGUGGGACCAAUGUAUAUGAGGGACAUACGGUACACUGUAUUAGGGUUGCCACCUCUGACAAAAAACAACAACCCAAUCGAGCCACAUUGCUCUUCAUGCAGUGUCCAGGUGUCCAGGAAAAUGUAUUUUCCUCCAGGACAGACCAUUAAAAACCCAGACAAUCUGGUUAAACCGGGAGAGGUGGCAACACCACACACUGCAUACAACAUCCAGAUUUUGCUAUUAUUGUCAUGGACACAAGUGAGUGGUUUCCAUAGCUACCCACAAAACCCGGAAGUGCUCUUUCCAUUCUCACUCAGACUAAUAGGCAGCAGGUCACCAGAGAUUCUAAGAGAACAGUAUCAUAUCAGGUCUCUGAGGUCACAGCAUGACCGCAGCAAGCCCAGCACAGUUUAGGUGACAAGGGGGUUGUUUAAGUUACUAGGUACAAAAUGCAUGGCCUUGAGACCCUCUCGGACAGUCACUUGUAAACAAAUCCAAGGAAUUAAUUCUUUGUGGAACUACAACAUUCUUCCUGAGUACUUGUAGCAAAUGAGAUACGCUUUUCCUUCCACCUAUCUCUUCCUCUCAGUCCAGUCUGCCUUGUCAUCCUCCGUGAUUAUUGCUGGUUUACUGUCUCAACUGUCCCUGUACCUACUCCAGUUUUGUUUCCGCUACCAUUUUUUUUUUGUUACCUUUUGUAUUUAUUUAGCAGCAUUUACACUUCCAUUGGCUCACAGGCCUUUCGUCGCCAGUUAGUGAGGGUCUUUAGUGUGGCUAACAUGUGUAACAAUGUACACCACCAGUAUCUUUCAGCCCGUAGAUAUGAACCCUGGUGUGUUUAGCCUUUUGGGGUGGCCCAACCCCAGGCGCUGCCAUCUUGGUCCGGUAUCCUAUGUUUUUCCAUAGAUGUUGUUACCGCCAGGAUUAUGUGCACAUGGCCUUCACCAAUGGAUGGCAGCGUUAUACUGUGUAAACAUGGUGCCGAGCUGACCUGAGCCAUUUGUUCCAAUACAGUACAAUGGAGUGGUUUCUAUAGUAUCAUAUCUAUGGUUUCAACUGACACAACUUUGGCUCCAUCCUUGGCUGCCAAACUGUAUAUCUGUUUGAUCAUCAAAACUUUGAUGUUGAUGUAAUUGUGGCCAUUAAGUAUCUUUACUGUCAUAGGUUAUUUUAUUUUUGUUUUGUUGUUUUUUGUUUUUUGUAUGGUCCCUGGCCCUUUUUAUGCUCCACCUCUGGUGUUGCCUUUCUGUGUUUGUGUUUUUCUUUGUGCUCUCUCUCUCUCUCUCUCUCUCUCUCUCUCUCUCUCUCUCCCUCUCUUUCUCCCUCCCUCCCUCUCUCUCUCGCUCUCGCUCGCUCUCUCCUAAUCUCUGUAUCUGUCCCCCUUUUUUUCAGUUGUCAGCCGUGUCCAUGUCCAUGUUAACCAUGUCCAAACUCAAACACUAAACUGUGUGUGCCCAUAAGACUGGGAAUUUUUCUGGCCUUCUGUGUCAUUUAACACAGGCAGCCUACUGAUUUUAGCUUACACACACAGGAUACUGACUUUCGUGUUCCUGUCAAUAGGUUUUUGUGCAGAACAGAGCAAAGUCUACUGACGUUCACCCUUCCCAACUAACAAACAGGUUAUGGUUGCCUUUUUAUUUCUUUCAUUUAUCAUAUGUGCUGUACGUCUGCUUUUGGUUCUCUUUGAGUUUGUAUCAUUGUGACAGUGUUUGUGUACUGUUAUGUUUUGCCUUUUUAAAAACUUGUAUUUAAUGCACAUAAUGUCAGUGGUUCGACCACAGAGCACAAUAUUAUUGACAUGAAGAAAUUGGAAGUGUUUUUCAGCAGUUGGACACAUGGACAACUGUCACAUUAUGGAUAUGAAAAAACACGCACACUGAUCUGAAUGAUGAACUCUAGCGGAAAACACCUCAUUCAGCUCUUGUGUUGGUUGUUGAUGUCUGUUGGUCUGCUGCAUGGUCACUGGGUAGAACUGGAACUCUCUGCUGGUCUACAUGUGCACACUUUAAAGAGCUCAACAAUCUUGUGUCCCUUCCUCGGUACCCCUAUACUCCUUGGUGGAGUUGGCCUUUCUAUGUAAGCAGUGUUUGCAUGCAUGCAGCCAGCAAUGACUGCACCUGCUUUUGUAACUCUGCGUUGCAUUCAUUUGGAUUUCAUGUUCAUUUCUAGGUGUUUACGUCAUGUUUACGUCAUGUUUUCAAGGCAUAUUCAGCAAGAAUAGUUAUGAACUACAGCUAGAGCGUUUGCUGCUGUUGUGUUUUUGAAAGAUUGUGUGCGAGUAGCGCCACUGCCCUGUUCCAUGUUGACUUCCUGGUGAUGCUACUCAUAUGUGGAUCUGAGUCUGUCUUUGGUGUUUGGUGUGUCAUCAUCACAACUAGCUUUUGGAAUACAGUGGUGAAGUCGAUUACACAUUGAUAUCAUCUUGGAUCAGUAUAUUAAUUCUAAAACUCUGCCGUUGAGUUUUAGGCCUUUUACACAGGCCAAGACGAGGGGAGUUACAUAAUCUAUACAGACAAGUGAACUAUGCAAGUAUCAGAAAGCAUAAUGGUUUGUUCUUUGUUCUUUCUGAUGGUGGGCUGCUCGAAUGCCACUCUGUGACUCCCCUGAGGGUCUGAAUAACAGAUUUCAGUUGUCUCCAAAACGAGACUUCCUCACAGAGAUUGGCAGAGUGUUUUAGUAUGUUUUCAAUUAAACGACUCUCGCUUCGGCCCAGAGGGAACAUGUGGCCAUUGGCAUUGAUAGGCGCUGUCACAACACAACAAUUUCAGAGAUGGCGAUUUUUUGUACAUUGCAAAUGUUCUAUAAACACCAUUUAUUUUCACAAAGUUACUUUUGGCCUUUGGAAAAGGGAGUGUGUGUGAAUGUCUGAGUGUGUGAGAGAGAGACAACCUUUGUGUGUAUGCUUGUGUCAAAGUGUUUUUUUUCUGUGCCGAUGUUUUAUUUGGACCUUGACCGUUUGUUUCAUUUUGUCUUCAGGCUUUGUCUUCACAUGCUUGCUAUGCAGUCAUACUCUUCUCUUAUCCUUUGCUUAUUUUUUUGGAAGUUGUUGAUAACACUCUAACUGUGUGUUUUGUAACAAUUGUGUGUCUGAAGGUUGCAAAUUAUGCACAGGCAAAGUCCCUUCUAGCGUGUCCAGGUGUUCUGCGUUCCAUUGGAAGUAGAACUUGUUAUUCCGGCUGUCCUAGGGGAGAACACGGUACUAUCCCUUAUUUCUGGAACCAAUAGAUCUAUAUCCUGUGUACCUGAAUGUACAGAUAUUUUUGUAAAUAUCCUUCAUCUAUCAAUCCUGCUGUCUACUAAUCAGUGUUUCUGUGUGUGAACGCUUUCAGUUCUGGUGGUACUGUAAGGAAAUACUGAAAAUAACUGAUCUGAUGGGCACAGUAUGCUUUGGAUGUAAAAGAACAUUAAAAAGAGACAUAUAUUGUAAA